CUCCGGCUCCUUCUCCAGCUCCCGCCCGGCCUCCCGCACGCCCACCCCGAGUCCGCUGCGUGCCGGCCGCCGCCUGGUCAUGUCAGGAUGGAGAUCCGGCAGCACGAGUGGCUCUCAGCCUCCCCCCACGAGGGCUUCGAGCAGAUGAGGCUCAAGAGCCGCCCGAAGGAGCCCUCGCCCAGCCUGACCCGAGUGGGCGCGAACUUCUACAGCAGCGUCAAGCAGCAGGACUACAGCGCCAGCGUCUGGCUCCGGAGGAAAGACAAGCUGGAGCACUCCCAGCAGAAGUGCAUCGUGAUCUUUGCCCUGGUGUGCUGCUUUGCCAUCCUGGUCGCCUUGAUAUUUUCAGCCGUGGACAUUAUGGGGGAGGAUGAGGAUGGACUCUCAGAAAAGAAUUGCCAAAAUAAAUGUCGGUAAGAGAAUUGCCCUGGUGGAAAAUAUUCCUGAAGGCCUUAACUAUUCAGAAAAUGCACCAUUUCACUUAUCACUUUUCCAAGGCUGGAUGAAUUUACUCAACAUGGCCAAAAAGUCUGUUGACAUAGUGUCUUCCCAUUGGGACCUCAACCACACUCAUCCAUCAGCAUGUCAGGGCCAACGUCUUUUUGAAAAGUUGCUCCAACUGACUUCGCAAAAUAUUGAAGUCAAGCUAGUGAGUGAUGUAACAGCCGAUUCAAAGGUAUUAGAAGCCUUGAAAUUGAAGGGAGCUGAGGUGACGUACAUGAACAUGACCGCCUACAACAAGGGCCGGCUGCAGUCCUCCUUCUGGAUAGUGGACAAACAGCACGUGUACAUCGGCAGUGCCGGUUUAGACUGGCAAUCCCUGGGACAGAUGAAAGAGCUUGGUGUCAUCUUCUACAACUGCAGCUGCCUGGUCCUAGAUUUACAGAGGAUAUUUGCUUUAUACAGCUCAUUAAAAUUCAAGAGUAGAGUCCCUCAAACCUGGUCCAAGAGGCUCUACGGCGUCUAUGAUAACGAGAAGAAACUGCAGCUUCAGCUGAAUGAAACCCAAUCGCAAGCGUUUGUGUCGAAUUCUCCCAAACUCUUUUGCCCUAAAAACAGAAGUUUUGACAUAGACGCCAUCUACAGCGUGAUCGAUGACGCCAAGCAGUACGUGUACAUCGCCGUCAUGGACUACCUGCCCAUCUCCAGCACAAGCACCCGAAGAACUUACUGGCCAGACUUGGAUGGGAAAAUAAGAGAAGCAUUAGUUCUGCGAAGUGUUAAAGUUCGACUCCUGAUCAGCUUCUGGAAGGAAACCGAUCCCCUCACGUUUAACUUCAUUUCCUCUCUUAAAGCUAUUUGCACCGAAAUUGCCAACUGCAGUUUGAAAGUUAAAUUUUUUGAUCUGGAAAGAGAGAAUGCUUGUGCUACAAAAGAACAAAAGAAUCACACCUUUCCUAAGUUAAAUCGCAAUAAGUACAUGGUGACGGAUGGAGCAGCUUAUAUCGGAAAUUUUGAUUGGGUGGGGAAUGAUUUUACCCACAACGCUGGCACCGGCCUUGUUAUCAACCAGGCAGACGUGAGGAACAACCGGAGCAUUAUAAAACAACUUAAAGAUGUGUUUGAAAGGGACUGGUACUCACCUUACGCCAAAACCUUACAGCCAACCAAACAGCCGAACUGCUCAAGCCUGUUCAAACUCAACCCCCCCUCAAACAAAACUGCCACGUACUACAAUGCCAGCGAGAAGGAACCCUGGAGUGUAUAAUGUGAACAAGAGGACGGACAGCUCCAUCUUUCAUAUUUAUACAUAAAGGAAGAGAGAAAACCAAUUUAAUAAUGUCUUUUUUUAGGGAAAAAAAGCACACUUACAAAACUAUUCUCUGGAUGACAUAUAAUAUCUAUCUAACCAUAUCUUAGCGUCCUGCGUACUGAAAUUAAGACUUUUGUAUUUGUUACUUCUGACAGAGAAUGUCAUUCCGGCUUAGAAGUUAGUUUUUACGUUUGCUUACAAAUUUUCAGAGUUGGAUUCCUGUUCUUUUCUAGUUUUAGGAAUUUUUCUGCUGACCCGCCUGGUCAGUUCUUAGGAAGCUUAGCAUGAGGUGAGCUCUGUAACACCAUGCUGAGAACUGCUGAUUUAGAAAGGAAGGUGAAGAUUCUUGCCUUGGAGAAGAGACUGGUAAACCAAGUAUUUAUCCUUGUAAACUAUCUCCAAGACCUAUACAGGCAUCUCAGCAUAACCAGCUUACAUCUCAUGCCUUUAACACUCUUGAAAAAUACCCUUUGCAAUACCAUAGACUUCAUUAUGUAUCAUUUUCUCUUCUCAUAAAGUGUUCCUAUGAUACAGCGUCACUAUGUCAACCCCAGCAUUAGUGCUAAGUAUGACAACAUCUUUUGAAAAGGUAGAAAUUUCUCCGAAUGGAAACAGCAAUCUUUAAUUUUCAUCUUCCCCCCCACAUCUUUUCCCCGCACCGAACUGGUGUUUUAAAUCACGGUCAGCAAUAUGGCGCCUUUCUCUCAAGCUCAGAGAAAUUACGUAGCUACCUGCUAAUAUCCAGCGAGCUAUGAAGUCUGCAUUUUGAGACUUGAAGUAGUUUUUCACAUUUUUGUUUGGUUUAUGGUGUUCUAAAGGAAAGAUCUCCAUGCGUCAGUGGAUUUUAAUUUCUCUAGAAUCAUGCUAUUAAGAGUAUGCCAGCAAACGUUUAUAGAGCUAUUUAAUAUACCUUCUGCUAUUUAAUAUACCAAAUGCUUUUCAGAGAAAUGCAAUUUAAAUACUGUGCUUAACAUAUUUUACUAAGAAACAGAAAUAUUGAAUUAUUGUUCUAUGACAUUAUUGUGUGUUGUUUUAUAUCUAUACAAUAUAUAAUCCUGUAUUAAUAGAGACUGUUGCUACCUUAGAGAGAAGCAUGGGCUCUUCGGAGCCCAGAGCAGGUGGCCAGGAUGCCCAAGUUCCAAUGUUGCUCCUGACUCUGUGGCUCAGACCAGAGGUUUUCACUCCCUGGCCUGGGGUUUCUCUUGGUAACGUAGACAUUAAUACUUACCUACCUCGCAAGAAUGUUGUCAUGGUAGGAAAUAUUUAUAACUUGUUUUGAAAUCAAAAGAACCUAUAUAAAUGCUAAGCAUUACAACACGGUGUAUGUAAUCUUUUUCGUGACUGAUCUGUGUGGUAUUCUGAUAGACUCA